UUGACAUGAGUGGAAGUGCGUGACUGAAGGGGUGAUUACGGAAAUAACUGCUUAGCCAGAAUCAAAUAAAUAAAGGAUUAAUAUCGAGUCGCCACCUGUGUCAGCCUGUAAUACUGUCCACAAUGUCCAGGCAAUCCAACCGAACAACAGACAGCAAGAAGAUGAACUCUGAGCUGUUCACCCUGACCUACGGGGCCCUGGUCACCCAGCUCUGUAAAGACUACGAGAAUGACGAGGAAGUCAAUAAACAACUGGACAAGAUGGGUUAUAACAUUGGAGUGCGUCUGAUCGAGGACUUCCUGGCACGCUCCAGCAUCGGCAGGUGUCAGGAUUUCCGAGAAACAGCCGAUGUCAUUGCUAAGGUCGCAUUUAAGAUGUACCUGGGAAUCACCCCCAGUGUGACCAACUGGAGCCCUGCAGGAGAUGAGUUCUCCCUCAUUCUCGAGAACAACCCACUGGUAGAUUUUGUGGAGCUGCCGGAUAACCACAGCACGCUGAUCUACUCCAACCUGCUGUGUGGGGUCCUCAGAGGAGCCCUGGAGAUGGUCCAGAUGGCUGUGGAUGUGAGAUUCGCUCAAGACACUCUCAGAGGGGACAAUGUGACAGAAAUCCGCAUGAAGUUUAUCAAGAGGAUCGAGGAAAAUCUCCCAGCAGGAGAUGAGUGAUGGAGACAGAAAGCUUCUUCACUCAACUUCUCAUGUCUCAUUUCGGGAGGACGAGGAACACCUUCACAUACAGACUGAGAAGACGCAUGAACUGUAGGCAAAACUUCAACACUCUUCAGUUUCUAGUGUCUUUGUUGUUGGGAGAAUAAUGCUAGGAAUUAGAAGAGACUAUUGAGAUUCGAGAGGAAAGAAACACUGUACACUAUUGAAACACAACACGACAUCAUAACAUGGCCCUGCUAUCUGGAACAUCUUAUGAGUAAAAAAUAAAAAAGAAGCUCCUUGGCACUGAUCUGUGGUCCAGUUUGAGGGGAAAGUUUUUGUAGUUCUGUGCCUGAAUGGCAGCUGUUGCUGUUGAUGAGAAGAGAAUGCCUUGGACCAUUUAUCCGUCACCAUGAAAGUCACUUUUUUUUUUUUUCAUUUAUUAUAAAAAUAAUUGUUGGGUUUCUUUGAAGAAUGAUGUCUUUUCAUUUGGUCAUGUGUUGACUGUUUUUUUGUAGCGAGGCUGGAAACCCUUACAUCAUGUUUUAAUGUUUGUCUUGUUUAAACGUUUUGUUUUUUAAGAAAUCACACUCUAUAUUGCUGCCAAUUAUAUGGCAUGUUAAUUUAUGUUGGUGGAUGUGUCAAAUAAAAGUGACAUAUUUGAUGCGA